AUGGUUGACUCGUUUUUUGUCAAUCCGGCCAAGAGGGCCAAAAAGAGAAGGUCCACAAGAGAGAGCUCGUUAGCGCCGACGAAGAAAGCCAGCCGGAGCGCUGAAGCCGACGAGGAGAUCACGAGCGACAGCGAUUUGAGCGAAAUUAGCCAGGACGAAGACGAGAGCUUCAGCUCGGAAUCAGACCACGAAACUGCAGCAGACAAACGCAGAAAGCUGGCCAAAGAGUACUUGGAUAAUUUGCAAACCGAACUUCAGGAUGAGCAUGCAUUUGAUGCCCAAGAUCUGGACAGAGAGAUUAUUUCGCGACGACUCAAGCAAGACGUUGCCGAGAACCAGGGCCGGUUGUUUCGGUUUUUGGACAAUUCAGCCGUUUCCCGAGCAUUCAAGAGCCGCACCAAGGCAAAAUAUCUUACUUCCGUGGCCGCGUGCUGGCCCUAUGCGUUCUCGGUGUCUAAAAGUGCAGAGCUGCAACGCUGGCGGCUUUCCCUGGACCAGCCCCCGGUGCUCGAGGACACGGUUAAAGCGAGCAAUCAUAAAAAGAAAGGAAACGAAAAGUAUCUUGGCCACACUGGCGAGAUCCUGUGCAUCGCCGUCUCGCCUAAUGGCCAUCAUGUUGUUACGGGCGGACGAGACCACCGCAUUGUCGUGUGGAGCUCGCGCACGUUAAUGCCCAUCAAAGUCUUUGAUACCCGUGACCGCCACGGUACAGUGCUGAACAUGGUUUUUCGUCGAGGAAGCACCCAGCUGUAUGUUGCAUGUGCCGACCUCCGGGUGCGUACCUAUGAUUUGGAGCAAAUGGCCCAGGUCGAGAUCUUGUACGGCCACCAGGACGAAGUUGUGGACAUUGCGGCCCUGGCCGAAGAGAGAUGCAUAAGCGUGGGGUCGCGAGACCGGUCUGCGAUCGUGUGGAAAAUCCCCGAAGAGUCCAGACUGACGUUUAGGGGCGGAGACCAGAGCCGGGCCCGCGAGCUGGACGUUCUCGAAGGCAGCAUCGAUGUGUGCAGCAUGCUGGACAACCAGCUGUUUGUCACCGGCAGCGACAACGGCAACAUUUCGCUGUGGUCGCUGGCCAAGAAGAAACCGCUGCAUAUUUAUCGCCAUGGCCACGGCCACGACCCGCAGCUGACCGCCGCCCAGGCAUCUGGCGAGGCCAAUGCCUCAGAUGUGGAGAUCCCGCCCGCCAACCCCCGCUACAUCACAGCACUGGCUGCUAUUCCCUACAGCAAUGUAUUUUUCACGGGGUCGUGGGACGGCACCGUCAAGAUGUGGAAACUAAGCGAGGACCAGCGACACAUUGAGUUUGUGCGCGAAAUCGCCGUCGGCGCUGGCGUCGUGGUGCGAUUGUCUGUGGCCGAGCAGGACGCUAAACCCAACCGAUUUGUGCUGGUGGCUGCGCUGUCCCGCGAGCAUCGUCUCGGCCGGUGGCUCACGCGGCCCGGACACGAUGCGGUGGUUUCGUUCAGCGUGUAG